AACCUUUUGCCUCAAUGGCACAAGUUAACAUUCCCAAAGAAAAAAGAUACUACAAGUGAGAGAGAGAGGUAACACGAAGAAGGAAGCAACUUGCCAGCUUCUUGACUGUGACAACACCGUUCCCUCCGUCACUACGACGCCGUUUCGCACCUUUCCUCUCUUUCUCUGUCGUUUACCUCUCUUCAGAUGCCGUUUUGAGUUCUCUUGCUUCAUCGUGCUUAGUAUUUCACCCAGUCAACGCUUUUUCUCACAAUUUCGUCGAUUCACCUUUUUCAAGCGCUUUUCGUCACGUUCUUAGAUUGCUAUUGCCAAUGGAAGUAGCUUAUUUCGCUGCUUCAGAUGUUGCAAGUAAUUAGGCUGGUUUUGCUAGUGCAAGGAGAAGCUUUUGUUUUCAGUCACAGACACACUUCAUAAAUUUGUAUUUAAAGGUUCAAUUGAAGCUUCCUCGUUAAUGGAGCGACCCGGGAGCGUCAACGACGGUCAACAUAUUAUAGAAAUAGCUGGGAGUGCCGAGGCUUCUACAUCCGCCUCGUCUCGUGAUAGACAAUUUAAUGGGGUAGAUGUGUCGCAUCGUGAAGAAAGAGUAGGUGCUGUGCGGUUAACUGUUGGUCAGAAUUCAGUUUCAACCUUAGGCAUAUCAACUGAAUCAAAUAGGAGGAAUUCUUCCUCUGUAAGGAGAGGGGACGCCCGUCGGAGUCGGAGUCCUGUGCAUUCUGGGCUAUGGAUAUCUAUUGAGCUAGUCCUCUUAGUAAGUCAGAUUGUUGCAUCUAUUGUUGUUUUGUCGCUGUCAAGGAAUGAACAUCCACAGACCCCGUUGUUUCAAUGGAUAGUGGGCUAUGCUUCUGGAUGUGUUGCUACCCUCCCUCUUCUUUUUUGGCGGUAUUAUAAUCAUAACCAUCUGCGAGAACAAGAUUCAGCUCAGUCACGUCAAACAUCUCCUCGGAUUAGUGACCCUUCUGGGACAUUUCUUUCGAUUUCCAGAAAUAAUGGAGAUGCUGGUCAGGCUGCUGCUGCAUCCUCCAGAAGUAAUCAAACUUCAAUAUUGAUGAAUAGAAGAAUGAAGAUACUUGUGGAAUACUUCAAAAUAUCCUUAGAUUGCUUUUUUGCUGUGUGGUUUGUUGUUGGAAACGUAUGGAUCUUUGGAGGACGAUCUUCUGCUGCUGUAGCUCCUAACUUGUAUAGGUUGUGUAUAGUGUUCCUUGCAUUUAGCUGUAUUGGUUAUGCCAUGCCUUUCAUUCUCUGUUCAACCAUCUGCUGUUGUCUCCCGUGUAUAAUUUCCAUCCUUGGCGUUAGAGAGGAUCUGUCACAAAACAGAGGAGCAACUUCCGAAUCCAUUAAUGCUCUACCAACUUACAAGUUCAAGAUGAAGAAAAAUAAAAAAAAUAGUGAAAACAACUCUGCCAAUAUAGAUGGUGGAACUGUUGCCGCAGGAACCGAAAAAGAGCGUGUGAUCUCUGGAGAAGAUGCAGUUUGCUGCAUCUGCCUGGCCAAGUAUGAAAACAACGAUGAGCUGAGAGAGUUGCCUUGUUCUCAUCUUUUCCACAAAGAUUGCGUUGAUAAGUGGUUGAAGAUAAAUGCAUUGUGCCCGCUUUGCAAGAGUGAAGUUGGUGAAGACCUAACAGGAUUGGGGUCUGGAGAAGAUGCCACCCAACAACGGGAUGAGAGCAGAGUUGUAAAUGGCAUUGCCAAUCCCUAGGUUUAAUCUAGUUAUACACAAUACAUACAGUUUGGUUCCUCUCAUUAUCCGUAAGAACAUGGAAAUGGACAAGCUCGUCUAGCAAGUUUUGCGAGAGAAAAAACAAAUGACCUAUUUAUAAAAUUGGCAGACCUUACUCAGGUAAUGGUGGUAGGUUCAUACACAAUAAGUUUGUGUUUUUCUCUCUCAUAACAUGACACAGACGGUCAUCUUCUGAAGGAAAAGGAAAUUAUCUAAAAAACCUCAUUAUAUUACACUAGUACUCUUGUAAAGUUUUUUUUUCUUCCUAUCUAUGAUACUCACCUUUUCUCCUUGGAUAGAUUGAGGUCAUCCAUUCUAAUUCUAUAUCAUUUUUGUUUAUAUAUUUUUUUCUUUUGGUUGGAACUGCAAGUUGGUACGAUUUAGCUAAUUGUUCAGAUGUAUGGUGUUGGUAUUGGGAGGUUAAACGUAGUUUCAUGUAAAUGAGUCCCAGCCUCCCAGGAAUAUAUAAUGAAGUACUGCCAUUUGCUUAUUUUAUUAGA